AUCUUCAUCUUCUCCAACAUUUUCUUGAAAUCUCUCUGUAAAUUCGACUUUUAACUAGUUCUUCCACCCUCAAAUUCAUUGCUACAUAACAGGUGAGAGAAAAUAAAGAAUCAUAAGAAAUAGAAUAAAAUCACAAAUAAUAAUGCACACCAUUUCUACCUUCAAAUUCAUUACAGUUUCUUCAACACUAUCAUCCUCCAAUCCAAGAAUUUCCACCGCACUCCCUUUAUUUUCAAAGAAAUUCUCAUCGGGUAUCCAAAAUUUAUCUUCCAUUUCCACAUCGAGAAAGACCCUAUUUCAGUCAAAAUCAUCAGAAGAAGCAGAGGUGUCCGAAGCAGAGGACGAGUGGCUUCAAAGGUUGCCGGAGAAAAAGAAGCCAAUAUACGCUCACAGCUUGCCAUGCAUAGAGGCCUGGUUGAGAAGUCUUGGGUUUUAUCAGAGUAGAGAAGAUAGAGCUGCUUGGUUUGUAGAGAAACCUGAUUGGCAUGCCAAACUCUCGCUCGAUGUCACUGAUCUUUGCAUAAGGUAUCUAAAGAGUGGACCAGGAGAACUUGAGAAAGACGUCGAAAGGAGAUUUAGUUAUGCACUGAGUAGAGAAGAUAUUGAGAAUGCUAUACUUGGAGGGCCAUGACGAUGAAAAAUUAUUAAUCCACUAUCGCUUAAUCCUACUGGAAACCCUCGUGUAGAAAGACUCAACGGUUAGCUUUAUAUUGAUUUAUCUACUUUUCAUUUAUAUCGAGUGAAUGUGUAUCUUUGAAAAUAAUUGUUAUUAACUGAUCAAUGGCACAAUGAAAAUAGAGGGAAUUACAUCCUUUUUUUUGGCAAGUAGAUGCUAGGAUCAACCUGAUGGAGCAUGUACUUUGCAGCAGUUUCAGUACCUAGAUGACUUGUUUGAUAUGAAAAAAAUAACUUAAAAUCAUUCAUUA